GGUACAAAGGACGCCAUCUUGUGGAUAAUUCUGGUCUAUUGGUCUUCAGUCCGUCAAGCGUCAACAUGACCUGAAAUAGGCCAUGUAUGGACUCAAUGUAGGCUACAGUGUUGUUUUUUGAGUAAAUUGGAUGAAACUAUUACACAGCGUUUUUAAGUGGAAAAUAAAGGGUGGGGCAACGACUACUUUUCACAGAGGCAAAACCAGAAAACAAUUUGACAUAAUGCGCUAUUUACCAUUUCUCACAGGUGAUAAUGGGGCUCAUGCGCACAUAUAUAGCCAACCUGUUCUCCUCAACGUGCUAAUUUGGUUAGCUAGUGUCUGCUCCUGCCUCUAGCUGCUUUCAUGUCGGACAAUUCUCUCAGAAAGAUGCUUGACAUCCUGAAAGUCUGUUCUUAACCAGAUGAAACACCUGGAGGAUGAGAACAAAAAGCUCGACACGAAGCUGAAGAUCCUUAAGGAGCAUGAUGACUACAAGGGGAAAAUCGACGACAAGGUCAGGCAGCUGGAGAACGAGUUGGAGCAGCAAAUCGAGAACUUGCUCAACGACCAAGAAAAACUGCAUGCUGCACUGGUCAAGAACCAGGAGGAGUUGGAGGACACCAAGAAGAGGUUUGACAAUGAACUUUUUAAAAGAUCUGACCUGGAGAAUGAGUUUGUUGUCAAGAAACAGGAUGUAGAUGAAGGUCACAUGGAGGCAGUAGAUCUGGUUCUGGAGCUGGAGGACCUGAUUGGAAAACUGGACUUCCUCAGGGCUGGCUAUGAUGAGGAGAUCAAGGAGCUGGAGCCGCAAGUCCAGAAUGUGACGGUGGUCUUACCCGACAACAGCAAACGGUCUCUGGACAUGGACGAGAUCAUCGAAGGUGUCAAGAAUCAGUAUGCCAACGUGGCUGCCCGCAGCAGGGAAGAAGCCGAGCACUGGAACCAGAAAAAGAUGGAUGCCAUGGUCUCAAAUGCAGGACAGCGGGAGCAGGAAGUGCGUGAUUUAAGGAGGGAGAUCUCAGACUUGGUGCGCCACAUCCAGAGGCUCAACGGGGACCUGGAAGCUCUCAAAAGGAAGGAAGAGUCCCUCAACAAGGACAUCAGUGACGCGAGGACAGAAGGCGAAGACACCCUGCUGAGGGCUCGGGAAGACAUUUCCCAGCUGGAGAAUGCCUUGAGGCAGGCCAAGCAGGACUUGGCGGGACAGAUCCGCGAUCACCAAACACUGAUGAACAUCAAGUUGGGCCUGGACAUCGAGAUCGCCACCUACCGCAAGCUGCUGGAGGGCGAGGAGCAGAGAAUGAACUACCAUAUGCGCAACGCAGACGUUCACUUGCCAAAGAAGCACCUCCCGUCAGAGAAGCACCGCCCGUCAGAGAAGCCCCACCGCCCGUCAGAGAAGCACCGCCCGUCAGAGAAGCCCCACCGCCCGUCAGAGCACCGCCCGCCAGAGAAGCACCUCCUGCCAGAGAAGCCCCACCGCCCGCCAGAGAAGCACCUCCUGCCAGAGAAGCACCUCCCGUCAGAGAAGCCACAAGCCCCAGCACCCACCGUCGUCCCGGCAGAUACAGCUGUCCCGGCGGUGUACCCCGCCUUGAAGAAACGCCUGCUGAUCAAGGUGGAGGUGAAGGCGGGCAGAGUCGUGUCCGAAAGCUCCCUUUAUACCGAAGACUGACCGGCACUGUCCGUCACACCUCUGUCUGCAGCAUUAAAUUAAAUAUAUCCGCAAAAUGUGAAUUAAAAAUAUUUCAAUUAAGUAAACUUUGGAAGGAUCAUCAUGAAAGUGUAUUUAAAUGCAAUAAUCAUGUUUAGUUUGUGUGCUUUCUGCAGUCUAAUAACAAUAACAAUAGCUUCUUGGCAGGUCGAACGUCAUUUUUCUAGAGCUCGUGCUUAAAGUUUGAGACAUUUUGUUUAUGUCGAGCAGUGCUUUUAAUAAAGGGUUUUCUUAUCUUUC